CGAUCGAAAUAAUUAAUAUGUUCAAUAAAUUUUCUAAUGUCAUCUGCAAUGUUUUAGCAUGAUGUGGUUUUUCCCUCUCACAACCAAACAAUUUCAUUUGUGCCUUUUGUUUUUAAAUCUCCGCUAAGAAAUUACAUCUGGGGAAAGAAUUCACAGCAAUUUUGCAAAGUGAAGUAUAAAUAGCCGAGGGGAGGAGCAGGAUCACCGGCCGACGACCCAACAAAGGCAAAGGCGUAUCAAGCAGGAGCAGCAGCGAGCGCGUCGUCGUCUCCUUCCGCUCGCUCGCUCGCUCGCUCCAAAGCUUGCAGCUUGCACAGCUUCGAUGGAACGACGACAUCGCCACGCGAAGCGAGCUCGUUGAGCUGAACCCCGGCAUGCCCAUCAUCCAUACCGCCGCACACGCGCUCAAGUCGAAGAAGCCCACCAACCUCCCUCCCCUGCUGCGUCGAUGUAACCCCUCCUCCUGUCCCCUCCGCCGCCGCCGCUGCUCCUCCUCCUCAGCCCUCGCCGUCCCGACCCACGAACCCGUUUCGCCUCCCGAGCCCCCCGUUCCCGACCACAUCUUCAGUUCCGGCGCCAAGUCGGGAACUUACACGCCGGGCGACUCCACAUUCUAUUCUCUCAUCGACAACUACGCCCGGUUGGGCGACUUCGGCUCCUUGGAGGAGGUCCUGCGUCGAAUGAAGCGCGAAAGGCGCGUGCUUGUCGAGAGGAGCUUCGUCAGCAUCUUCAAGGCUUACGGCAGGGCGCGGUUGCCCGAGCUGGCCGUCGAUUUGUUCCACAGGAUGGUCGACGAGUUCCAGUGUAAGCGGACCGUCCGGUCCUUCAAUUCGGUCCUCAACGUUAUUAUCCAAAAUGGGCUUUAUCAUCGCGGGUUGGAGUUCUAUUCUUAUGUCAUUAGUUCUAGCCAGAUGAAUAUCUCGCCGAAUGUGCUUAGUUAUAAUCUGGUCGUGAAAGCCGCGUGUAAGAUGGGAACAGUUGAUAGAGCAGUCGAGCUGUUUAGGGAAAUGCCUCUGAGAAGCUGUGUGCCCGAUGUGUUCACGUAUUGCACCUUGAUGGAUGGGUUGUGCAAGGAGGGUAGGAUCGAGGAGGCGGUUUCCUUGCUGGAUGAGAUGCAAAUGGAGGGUUGCUUUCCAACUGCCGUGACUUACAACGUUUUGAUCAAUGGGUUGUGCAAGAAAGGUGACUUGAAACGUGCAGCCAAGCUGGUCGACAAUAUGCUUCUUAAAGGAUGUGCUCCAAAUGAGGUGACUUACAACACGCUCAUUCACGGUUUGUGUCUCAGGGGGAAGUUGGAGAAGGCUGUAGACCUUUUGAAUCGGAUGGUUGCUAGUAAGUUUGUGCCCAAUGAUGUCACUUACGGAAUAAUUAUCAAUGGACUUGUUAGACUGGGACGAGCCAUUGAUGGACUUCAGGUAUUGAAAUUCAUGGUGGAAAGAGGAUCCCGUGCAAAUCAGUAUGUGUACUCCACCCUCCUUAGCGGGUUAUUCAAGGAGGGAAAGUUUCAGGAGGCAAGGAGAUUGUGGCAGGACAUAAUUGAAGAGAGAUGUGAACCCAAUACUGUUAUGUAUAGUACUUUUAUUGAUGGUUUAUGUCAAGAAGGGAAGCCGGAAGAAGCCAAGGAAAUUCUGUUGGAAAUGAUGAAUAAGGGGAUUGCCCCCAAUGCUUUCACUUAUAGCUCAUUGCUGAGGGGUUUUCUCAGGACAGACAAAUCAGAGAAAGCUAUUCUUAUGUGGGAAGAGAUGGAAAAUAACAAUGACUUUACCAAUGCUGUCUGUUAUAGCGUUUUUAUCCAUGGAUUGUGUGAGAAUGGAAAGCUGGAGAAGGCUAUGAUGGUAUGGAAGAACAUGCUUGCUAGAGGAUUCCAACCUGAUGUUGUGUCUUACACUUCAUUUAUUAAAGGCUUUUGUGAUAAUGGAGAGCUCAAAGAAGGUCUGAAGCUAUUUAAUGAGAUGCUCUGUCAGGGGCCCAGUUGUCAACCUGAUGUCAUCACUUAUAACAUACUUUUCAAUGCUUUAUGCAAGCAGGGUGACAUCUCCCAUGCCCUAAAUCUUCUGAACAGUAUGCUGCAUCAGGGAUGUGAUCCUGACUUGUGCACAUGUAACAUAUUCCUAAAAGCUUUAAGCGAAAAGUUAAAUCCACCUCAAGAUGGAAGGGAAUUUCUAGACGAGCUAGUGCUACGUCUAUUCAAACGCCAGAGAGUUGUGGGAGCAUCCAGAAUUUUAGAAGUGAUGCUGCAAAAGUAUUUGCCUCCAAAAGCAUUUACUUGGGAAAAGGCUGUUCAGCAGCUUUGCAAACCUAAAAAGGUUCAAGCUGCAAUUGACAGUUGCUGGAAUGACCUAGUUUGCUGACAUUUUCCUGUAUAUGCUUUCUAUGUUUGGUGGAUGGGAACUAUAGUUGGAGUUUCAGCUUCGAUCUGCUUAUUUCAAGUAUUUUACAGCAGAACUGGAGGGGAAUAUGUCAACAAUCUCAAGAUCUUGGUGCCUAAAGUUGGAAGAUGCAUGGAUGCAUCGGGAAAGUUUAAAGACCUUGGCACAAAAGCCAAUGGAGAUGACACGAGAAGUCGGGGGAAACAUAUAGUCAGAAAUUGUGAGAGGGAAGUUGUUCAGCAAGUUUUGUCUGAAAAUUCGAUGUGCUGUUGAGCAUUGAUUGGUGGGCUGGAAAGAGUUAGGAGAUGGUUCUUUUAGGAUUGAGUAGCUAGUCAAUUCCCACUAACAUCACGCAAGAUUGUGGUUCAGAAGAAAGGCUCUAAGGCCAGGUACUAUGUUCUAACCCGGUUUCUUGGUUGUUAUAUAAACCUCUGUAUCGGUUUGUUCUGGUAGGUGAUCCUGAUUUUAUGUCUUGUCACUGCUCUAUCCAUGCAAAGAGCAUCCUUAAUCUCACGGCAUGCAAACUAAAAGAGGAGUUAACAGUUGAGAUCUGCCUUUGUCUGGGAUUUACUUCUUGUCCUCCAGGUUAGAUUAUGGUAGAAAAGAAUUCAACAUCAGGAACUUGUUACUCUUCUCCUCUAGGCCACUGUUCCAGUCUUUUAUGAGGCAUGUUGUUUGUAGCGCAGUCGCCCUACUUGCUAAUGUUGUGAUGACAGAGCAUCAACAUAUCCAGGAAGAUGAUGAACAAGGUUGGAUGCAAUGCAAGAAGGAGCUAUAAGAUGCACAGAAAAUAUUGUUGUUUUUGGGUUGCAUGAGGGGUGAGAAGUAUCGAGAUAGAGAUCCUGUUCUCCCAGCCAAAAUAGAGACUUCCUGCUCUGACUUGAUGUUGUAUUGUUGGGACCGGUCCAAUUGUCAUUUUAUUCUUUGCCAAAAUGUCCAUCAUCUGUUUGAAGGCAUUUCCUUCUUAUUUCUUACAGCAAUUGAUUGUACCUCAUCGAUCACUACUGCAUAGGAAAGCUUUCUCAGUUAGUUCUGUCUUUCACAAUCACGUUCAUAGGACAGUUCUCUUUUGCACUGAUUUGGGUAAUGUUACAUUCAGGCAGUGUAAGAUCUAGAGUUGCCGAAAGAAAACUACUAUGUAAAUCUUUGUGGAUGGAAUAGAGGAAAGACCUUGAAAAAUUGUACAAAAAGAUUGCAGGGUCUUAUUUGGACAAACAAAGACAGAUGCAUUUGCCAUGUUCUAUGCCCAGGUGGCCAAGAGAGACAUGGAGGCAGAGCCCAAGAGGAGGGAGAGAUUUGCACCCAUCUGGAGCUUGAGAUUCUGGAGCAUGAUGGGGUUCAUGUAAUCGGCUGCAAUCAGAUCCACGAGUGCCAUGUAAGUCAGUAUCCCAGCCGAUGCAGAGUUGAGCGACCCUUCCACGAUGAGGGCGCUCGGCUUGCCCUCCCCAUAUAUGCUUGACAUACCCAUUCCCACUCCAAUUCCUACUGGCGUCGUGAGACAGAAGAACGCCAUCAUCGCCACUAUUUUCCGGGACUUGAACUUCGCCUGAGAAAUGCACCCUCCAAGUCCGAUGCCUUCAAAUAACUGGUGAAAGGUUAAUGCUGCAACGAGAGGCUUGAUGGUUCUAGGACUCUCAGAUGCUCCUAGUGAUACUCCUAUUAUCACUGAAUGGACCACCACCCCCAAUUCCAGUACCUGCAGUACAAUUCCAUUCCAAGGUGCCAAAGCACGAUUCAGACUCUUUGAUUUAAUCACCCAAGUGACAACACUUGUUUUGUCAAAAGGCUAGAAUAUAUUCUCAGCACCAGCUGCGGUGGAGCUUUCAAGUCAAUGAAAUGCUCAUAAGCCCCACCACCAGCCUGCACGCAACAUUAUAUAUAUGUCUAUCUGACCUUGUAUCAUUUAUGUAUAUUGGAUUAUUCUUAGUCACAAUUGCCUUUUAAUUAA